AAACGGAGAGGUAAAAUGUCUAACCAAACUUCAGCAACAGAAUUUUUGCUCCUGGAAUUCUCGGAUGUGCGAGAAUUGCAGAUUGUUCACUUCAUUGUCUUCCUGGCUUUGUACUCAACUACAGUUGCAGGAAAUCUUCUGAUCAUCUCUGUGGUUGUUUUUGAUCAGCACCUUCACACCCCCAUGUAUUUCUUUUUGAUGAACUUAGCCAUGACAGACCUUGGCACCGUUUCUGUCACCAUCCCCAAAUCCAUGGUCAAUUCCCUCAUGAACACCAGGUCGAUUUCCUAUCCCGGGUGUAUCACUCAAGUUUAUUUCUUUCUGCUCUUUGCAGCAUCAGACUACACCCUUCUCACAGUGAUGGCCCAUGACCGGUAUGUGGCUAUCUGCAACCCAUUACGCUAUGAAACUAUUAUGAAUAAAGGAGCAUGCAUUCAAAUGGCAACCAGUGCAUGGCUUAGCAGCUUUCUCUAUGCUGUGUUGCACACUGGUACCACCUUCGCCAUGACAUUCUGUUCUAAUAUUGUUGAUCAGUUUUUCUGUGAGGUCCCACAGCUAGUAAAGAUCUCCUGCUCUGAUUUAUAUCUCGUUGAAAGCAUACUCCUGAUAUUAAGUGUUACAGUAGCACUGGGCUGCUUUAUAUUUAUAGUCGUAACAUACGUGCAGAUCUUCACUACGGUGCUCAGAAUCCCCUCCUCACAGGGAAGGCAAAAGGCCUUUUCCACUUGUAUUCCCCAUCUCAUUGUUUUCUCCAUGUUCCUUUUUGGAGGAAUGCUUGUCUACUUGAGACCUAUACCCCACCCUUCAUCACAUACCAACAUGGCGUUUGCCGUCAUAUAUUCUGUAAUCCCACCGAUGAUGAAUCCUGUGAUCUACAGCAUGAGAAACAAGGAGAUAAAACUUGCUAUGUGUAAACUUUUACACUUGAGGUGGUUGUGA